AAGUUGGAGUCAAAGAAUCGGUUCUUUCGGAAUCGAUUCCCCACAACUAGCUCAGCCGCGUUCGCUCCACCACAGCAGGCGGCAGCAGUAUCACGUCUUCUUCGCCGUAAAGGAAGAAUGGUGGCCUCACAUGGCUCUGUGUGCUCUGCCUGUCCUCACAGCUUCGUCUUUAGACUAUAAACCGAGACGGUUAAGCGCAACGUGCAGGAAUAGCGGCUUAGCGCGGCCGCUAACUAGAUAGCUGAGUUAGCCAGAAACGUUAGCACGCUGCUCUGAAGCUAGUUUAGCUUGGUGGCUAAUAUAGUCACUGGCGUUAGAACCUACAGCACAAACAGCCUCGUUAAAAACCGAGCAGAACGCAGAACGCGAGGGGUCGGAUGUAAUCCUGGAGAAUGAAGAACCGAAGUGGGGGAUUCACUGACCAGCGACUCAAGCAGAGAGUCGAACAGUACCUGAAGUCCAAAAACAGUCCGUAUGUGGAUGUUGCUGGAAUGGCUGCAGACCUUCAGCAUCAGUACAGAAUGGACUACGGCCGCCGCAACAGGACUGCCUUCCGGAUUCAGGUAGAAAAAGUGCACGGAGUCAUAUGCAGUGAGUCUGGACUGUCUCCGUUAGAAGACAAGCACUUGGCCAAAAGAGCAAGACGCAGCCAGGAUGACGACGGUGAAGGCAGCAGCAUGCUGGACGCUUCCACGGACAGCGAGGACGAUGUCUCGGAGCAUGAGAAACCCAAUUACAUGAACAGCUCCCUGAUGUCCCUGUAUCGGAAAGGGAACCCGGAGAACGGGACCCCAUCCAAAGAGCAGUCCACCAGCAGCCCCAAUCCGGCCUCCCAGAGAGGUUCGUCGGCUGCUGCGAGCUCUAGUCCUCAUCGGUCUACCACUGCGGUGUCUGCAGGCGGCUGGUUCAUCGAUAAGGCGGGAAACGGGAACCAAAAAAAUAUCAUGAUCGACCUGUGUGAGGAGGAGCCGGCCAGCCCUGCGAACGAAGCAGAUGUGUCAAUGCUGGAGUCUGAGAAGAAGCCAAAGAAGAGCACCAAGAAAGGAAAACGGAAAACGCAGAGAGAGCAAGAGAGCAAAGGCGUAGACGCCGACAUUGAGGCAGCCGUAAUGGCAAAAACAGCCCGGACCAGAGGCCCUGAGCUUCAGCAGUCCGCAGUGAAGUUUGAGGACGUCGGCGGUAACGAAGAAACUCUAACGGAGUUGUGUAAACUGCUUAUCCACAUGCGUCACCCCGAAGUGUACCAGCAGCUGGGGGUGGUGCCCCCACGUGGGUUUCUCCUUCACGGGCCGCCCGGCUGUGGGAAGACCCUUCUCGCCCAGGCUGUCGCUGGGGAAAUGGAGUUGCCCAUGUUGAAGGUUUCUGCUCCAGAGCUCGUGUCCGGUGUUUCGGGGGAAUCGGAGCAGAAGCUACGGGAGCUGUUCGAGCAGGCUGUGAGCAACGCUCCCUGCGUUCUGUUCAUCGAUGAGAUCGAUGCGAUCACCCCAAAAAGAGAGGUGGCCUCCAAAGAUAUGGAGAGAAGGAUUGUCGCCCAGUUACUCACCUGCAUGGAUGACCUGAACUCCUUAUCGGUACCAGCACAGGUCUUAGUUAUUGGGGCCACUAACCGGCCAGACGCUCUGGAUCCGGCUCUUAGAAGGGCGGGCCGUUUUGACCGAGAGAUCUGUCUGGGCAUUCCUGAUGAAGGGACACGGCUCAGGAUUCUUAAAACCCUCUGUCGGAAGCUCAAGCUGCCUGCGGACUUUGACUUCCGGCAGCUUGCGCGGCUCACGCCGGGGUACGUGGGAGCGGAUCUGAUGGCCCUGUGCCGAGAGGCUGCCAUGAGCGCCGUUAACCGCGUUCUGCUGCAGCAGCUCGACACCAAAACACCUGACGCUGACGUGGUGGACAACUCUCCACCCACACAAGAGCCGCCAGAAACCCCCAACCAGGCAGCCGACGCUGACCCUCCUACCAGGCAGAGCGUCAUAGACGAUGCCCAGCAUGGCGUGAACACAGAGAGCCAAGAUAUGAGUGUCUCAGCUGAUGUGUCAGACGGAGGGAGCACAGCAGCUUCUGACUCCCUAACACCACAACAGGGGGAGCUAGUGCAGCUGCUGGCUCUGCUGAAGAAAAGCGAGUCUCUGAGUGAGGAGCAGCUUGCUGGUCUCUGCAUCCUGAUGGAUGACUUCAAGGCCUCGCUGACCAGCGUCCAGCCUUCAGCCAAGCGCGAGGGCUUUGCCACGGUGCCUGAUGUCACAUGGGACGACAUAGGGGCCCUGCAGGACAUUCGUGAGGAGCUCACUAUGGCCAUCUUGGCCCCUGUCCGCAGCCCAGAGCAGUUCAGAGCCCUGGGUCUGAAUGCCCCUGCAGGAGUGCUGCUUGCUGGACCCCCGGGCUGUGGGAAGACCCUGCUGGCUAAAGCAGUUGCCAACGAGUCUGGAUUAAACUUCAUAUCCGUCAAGGGCCCCGAGUUACUGAACAUGUACGUUGGCGAGAGCGAGCGGGCCGUACGCCAGGUGUUCCAAAGGGGAAGGAAUUCUGCCCCCUGUGUCAUCUUUUUCGACGAGAUCGAUGCCCUUUGCCCCCGACGCUCCGGUCAUGAGUCAGGAGCAAGCGUCCGUGUGGUCAACCAGCUGCUGACAGAAAUGGAUGGCCUGGAGACACGCCGCCAGGUGUUCAUCAUGGCUGCUACCAACCGGCCAGAUAUCAUCGACCCCGCCGUGCUCAGACCAGGACGUUUGGACAAAACCCUGUAUGUGGGUUUGCCUCCACCAGCAGACAGGCAUGCCAUCUUGGUCACCAUUACUAAGGGAGGUACUAAGCCUCGUCUGGAGUCAGAUGUGAGUUUGGAGGCAGUUGCCCACGACGACCGGUGUGACUGCUUUACUGGGGCCGACCUGUCUGCGCUGGUGAGAGAGGCUUCGGUUAACGCUUUGAAGGCUCACCUCUGCUCUCAGACCUCUCUGACGCACACAGAGCACACGUUCUCCUCUGGCUCUGUUAAAGACAUAAAGGUCAGCAGGCAGAACUUCGAGGAGGCCUUCAAGAAAGUGCGGCCGUCCGUGUCCAGAAAGGACCGGCUAACGUACGAGAGACUGCAGGAGUGUCUCACCAGAUAGCCGAGCCUUGGGACCUGGGAAUCAGGCGGACGUGCAGGUGCUCUACUGGUUUGGAUGGCGAAUUCUGUUGUGCUUUGUUUUUUACACUGAUUUGUAACAGCGGACGCAAUAUUAUAGUGACCUUAUUACACAAGGGCAGUGCAGGAAUAAGAACAGGGUCAAAGUGCUAUAACAGCGUCUGCUGAAGGUUCUGAUACUUUUAAUAAAUACGGCAUUCGAUCUCAGCGCGACUGAACAUAUCGGUUUUUUAACUUAACAGUUGAUGUAUUUGAGCAAUUUUAAUCAUUCUUACACAAGCGGCCGUCACAUCUCUGCUGCAAAUAAAACAAACUCCGGUUUUUAGCAGCUAAUUUAUGAGCAAUAACUUGGCCCAUAGCAGCAGGUUACCUGUAACACGGAGUCUUAACAGUUAAAUCUUUCCAAACUAAAUAUGUAAAAAUCUACAUCAAUCAGAAUAAGAAUAAGGAAGAGAGCGUCAAAUAUGGCAGAUUUAUUUUUGACUAUUCUAAUAUUACAUUUACAUUUAUGGCAUUUGGCUGACGCUCUUCUCCAGAGCGACUUACAGUUUGAUCAUUUUACACAGGAAAGCCAAGGUGGUGUUAGGAGUCUUGCCCAAGGACUCUUAUUGGUGUAGUGUAGGGUGGUUACCCAGGUGGGGACUGAACCCCAGUCUACAGGGCAGAGGUGUGACCCACUACACUAACCAACCACUAAUAUAAAUCUACAGUACAUUAUUGAUUAAUCUGCACAUAAAAAGUGAGACAUUGUAAAUUUUAUAUGGACUUGUUUACUUUAGCCGUCUAACACAACUAAGCUCAUCUUCAGCAAGUUUAGCCUGUUCUUUAGGUCUCACUGAAGAGGCGAAUGAUAAACAAGACACAUGCAGAACUCGGUAACAGUCAUUUAUAGUGGGGGGAAAAAGCGACUCGUGGUUUUUAAAUCAAAUAAGCUUUAAACGAUUUGCACGUCAUUUCGGUAAUGAAAUAUCCAUGUUACGCCUAAUCCUGGUCUCAUCUGCUGCGUAUCGAGACUAAAACGUCCAGCGUUCUCCUGUUUACCCUCUGACAUCAUUUUACAGUGAGAGACAGACACUCAGUUCAGUCUGAAAUGGUUUAAUAAAAUCAGAUCAGUACAGAAAAAGCAUAAAGGCAGAACAGGAGUGGAAUCACUUCAGCAGAGCCAUCAGCCCACAUUAAGAUGUUUGAAGAACUGAAAUGGCCUUUCCAGCAGGGGCUGUGUCCUCUGCUGGUUCUAAUACUGAUACAGGAAAUGCGUUUCUCCAGCAGCACCGUCACACCUCCAGACCUGCUGCGCUCAGCACGGCCACCUUCCUAAAUCAACAUGCCUUUGUUUCACCACGUUAGUCACACAUGUUCCAGAUAAGUAGCUGACCUCUCUGACUGAGCUUUACUGGAGAUAAAGCACCUUUAAAAGGGUGAGCCGGGCUUCAGUCUGGCUGUUUUGCGAAUGUUAAGGACACAGAUGAAAAGAGAUGGUCUCAGGCUUUAAAGCCCCUGUCUACAGAUAUGCUGCAGAGUGUUUACCAGAGUUUAUAAUCAAGAACUAUAAGAUUUUAAAACAACUUAAUAGCAGAUAAAUGCACCAAACAUUCAGAGCUGCUGCCAUCAGAACCUAAAACGAUUGACAGUGGUGUCUUCCUGGCCACCCGUAAAACCACCGUCUCCCUUUGCUCUUCUUGGCUGCUCUCUGAAUGGGGAGUGAAGAGUGCAAACCGGAGAAGAAGCUGUCUGAUGGUCAGUUUAGGGAUCUACAAUACAGGCAUAACGAUGGGCAGAUCAUUGACACGCUGGCUUACAUGCAAAGAUUUUCUCCAAUCCAAUUGAUCACAUUCCGAUUAUAGAUUAAGACUGAGGUGUUUAUUCUCACUCUGCUCAACA